CGGGUUAGAGUGGAAAACGCAGAGGUGGCCUCCUUCCCAUUGAAAGGGGCGCUCCUCUGGGUCUCACUGAAGACAAGGUGUUUGCAAUUAAGUUUGCAAGUCGCACGCGUCCUCUUUCUUUAAUUGGAACUGAAACAAGUCGCUGGAGUUGUUUUUGGUAGCGAGGAGCUCUUUCACGGAGUGACUGCUUCCGUCUUCAUGCAGUCAUGGAUCUGGAUAAGCCGUCUGUCUGGGACUCACUAAAACAGCGGACCAAGCCUUUGCUAAUCAACUUGAGCAAGAAGAAGGUGAAAAAGACCCUAAACAAACCCCUAGACUUGAGGGUAAGGCGUCACCUGGACCGUCGCCUCAGCCUCUCUGUCCCUGACCUCCUGGAGGCUGAGGCCUUAGCCCCGGGAGGCGGGCCUUAUUCUGGGCCUCAGUCAUCCUAUACCUCCGUGCCCAGCAGCCUGUCGACAGCAGGGAUCUUUCCCAAGAGUAGCAGUAGCUCCUUGAAACAGUCUGAAGAAGAAUUGGAUUGGAGCCAAGGAGAGGCAGGCCCUCUCCACGCCGUAGAAUCGGACUCGGAGGAGACCUGUGCCCCUCUUGCUGAGGACAGGAGGGCUUCUAGCGAUGGCAUCUUUGAUCUGCUCCAGAAAACCCCCUUUGGAGAGGGGGCACCAGAAGAGCCAGAGAAGGUAUGUGGAAGUGGCGAUCUGAAUGCUUCUCCGACAUCCCAACAUUUUGAAGAACAGCCUACUCCUGGGGAAGCUGGUGUCGGUCUGAGUAAUCUGCUCAGCCCUUUCGCCUACCUCCUCACCAUACACCUGAAGGAAGGCCGGAACCUUGUCGUCCGAGAUCGCUGCGGCACAAGCGAUCCCUAUGUGAAAUUUAAGCUGAAUGGGAAGACACUGUACAAAAGUAAAGUCAUAUAUAAGAAUUUGAACCCAGUGUGGGACGAGAUAGUCGUACUACCAAUACAAAGCAUUGAUCAAAAGCUGUGUGUGAAGGUAUAUGAUCGAGAUUUAACUACAUCUGAUUUCAUGGGCUCUGCAUUCAUCAUUCUCAGUGAUCUUGAGCUUAACAGAACAACGGAACAUAUUUUAAAAUUGGAAGAUCCAAACAGUUUAGAGGAAGACAUGGGAGUGAUUGUGUUGAAUCUGAACCUAGUGGUAAAACAGGGUGAUUUCAAGAGACAUCGUUGGUCAAAUCGGAAGCGGUUAAGUGUCAAUAAGUCCUCUUUGAUACGCAACCUACGGCUUUCAGAGUCCUUGAAAAAGAACCAACUCUGGAAUGGAAUUAUAAGUAUAACUUUGUUGGAAGGGAAGAAUGUCUCAGGAGGAAGCAUGACAGAAAUGUUUGUCCAGUUAAAACUGGGAGAUCAGAGAUAUAAAAGUAAGACACUGUGUAAGAGUGCAAAUCCGCAGUGGCGGGAAGAGUUUGACUUUCACUACUUCUCUGACAGGAUGGGCAUUUUGGACAUUGAAGUGUGGGGAAAAGACAGCAGAAAACACGAGGAAUGUCUGGGCACGUGUAAAGUGGAUAUCGCGGCACUCCCACUCAAGCAAGCCAACCUCCUGGAGCUGCCGCUGGAGAGCUGCUGGGGGGCUCUGCUGAUGCUGAUUACACUGACCCCCUGUGCAGGAGUCUCCAUCUCUGAUCUGUGUGUGUGCCCCUUGGCGGACGCCAGCGAAAGAAAGCAGAUUGCCCAGCGAUACUGCUUACAGAACUCCCUGAAAGAUCUGAAAGACGUCGGCAUUUUACAAGUGAAGGUUUUAAAGGCAGUCGAUCUCUUAGCAGCAGAUUUCUCAGGAAAGAGCGAUCCUUUUUGCUUGCUGGAGUUAGGCAACGACCGACUUCAGACACAUACCAUUUACAAAAACCUCAACCCUGAAUGGAACAAAGUUUUCACAUUUCCUAUUAAAGAUGUCCAUGAUGUUUUGGAAGUGACAGUGUUUGAUGAAGAUGGAGAUAAACCCCCUGAUUUUCUCGGAAAAGUUGCCAUUCCGUUGUUGUCUAUUCGAGAUGGGCAACCAAAUUGUUACGUAUUGAAGAAUAAAGAUUUAGAACAAGCUUUUAAAGGGGCUAUUUACUUGGAGAUGGACCUCAUAUAUAAUCCGGUCAAAGCAAGUAUUAGGACCUUUACUCCCAGAGAGAAGCGUUUUGUGGAAGACAGCCGCAAGCUGUCCAAAAAGAUCUUAUCAAGAGAUGUAGACCGUGUGAAAAGAAUCACCAUGGCGAUAUGGAAUACAAUACAGUUCCUUAAAAGCUGCUUCCAGUGGGAAUCCACGCUGAGAAGUACAGUAGCAUUUGUGGUAUUUUUGCUCACUGUCUGGAAUUUUGAACUGUACAUGAUCCCCCUGGCAUUACUGCUGCUCUUUGUCUACAAUUUCAUCACACUCACAAAAGGGAAGGUCGGCAGCCUCUAUGACAGCCAGGAGAGCACAGACCUAGACGAUGAGGAUGAAGAUGACAAGGAAUCCGAGAAAAAAGGGUUAAUUGAAAGAAUCUACAUGGUACAGGAUAUUGUUUCCACUGUUCAAAACAUCUUGGAGGAAAUAGCUUCCUUUGGAGAAAGAAUUAAAAACACAUUUAACUGGACGGUCCCGUUCCUUUCAUUCCUGGCCUGUUUGAUCCUGGCAGUGGCCACUGUCACUUUGUAUUUCAUUCCACUUCGGUACAUCAUUUUAGUCUGGGGCAUAAAUAGAUUUACUAAGAAGCUUCGAAACCCCUAUGCCAUCGACAAUAACGAGUUACUAGACUUCCUCUCCAGGGUACCGUCUGAUGUUCAAAAGGUGCAUUAUGCGGAACUGAAGCUCUGCAGCGGCCAGAGCCCCCUUCGGAAGAAGCGAAGCGCUGUCUAGGACACACACCAACAAGGGACACCAGCACCCGAUCCCGUACGGCCGAUUGGACCUAUGCCACCCCUUUUUCCGUGGUACCUGUGCGGAGCCCUCUCUGCAUUCUGCCCCCUUCUUCACGUGCACAGACGUACAUGCACAUGCACGUCCGCCCGCCUGGGUAUCUUACUUGCAACGUGGAUCAGCCCAGCCAAAGGAAACAACCCAAACACAGUGGAAGACCAACAUCCCUUCUCAAAUAGGAGAGAAAGGCUGCCAUGGUCUGAACUCCCUCCCUGAGAACAGUUAGGAGACCCCUUGGAUUCAAGAGUGACUUUGACCUUGUUUUCAUACCUUGAGGCAGAGUCUCAUGAAGAGUCAGUUAUUUUCACUCCCUGUUUCCAUUCUUCUUUCAGGUUAUUGUUCAUGUGAGUCAAUUUUCUCUUGGAAUUAACAAGUCUUUGACAGCCAGGAUCUGUCCAAAAAAUGUAUAUUAUAAAGAGAUUUUUAAUAAUUAUUGGAUUAGCCCAAAUCUUUGGGAAUCUUUCAGCUGUGAUUACUGAAGGCCUGUAUGUAAAAUUUCAGUAAACGUCUUGGUGCUGGAUGCCAGUGGGCGCCCCGGCAGGGACCGAAGGCCUCAUUCACCUGGGAAGUGAAGGUUUCACCUUACAACUCCAUUUCUUCUGACUUGAGUUUUUGCUUAUUUCCGGAAUAAAAUGUCAAUAUUGUAGCUUCAGAAAGAGGGAAAGGAGGGGUGAAUGAAAGACUUCUGAGGGCAUUUAGAAAGACAAAGGUUGGGGAGCAAGGGAAUAAUAAAUGGGGUUGCUUCCCUGAUGUCAUAAUCCCCUUAUUUUUCCACAUUUUUAAACAGGAAGAGAAAAUACUUAGCAAACCAAAUUGAUCUUUUGAUCCUGGCAAAAUAAGCUACACAUAAUAAAACAAUAUCUCCCCAUUCCUAGAAAAGUACCACCUCAAAGUCUUCCUUGGAUAGUAUCUGCUUCUUGCAUACCCCACCAUUUCACUGUAAAAAUCCCCAUUUGGGGCAUAUAUUAAAAAGUAUGUGAAUAUCUUUCUGUUCAAAUGAUAUUUAAGUUGUAAAGACUAUUUUUUGACACAUACCUUGUAUAAGCAGUACAUAUAUAUAUAUAUAAUAUAUAUACAUAUAUAAUACCAUAUAUAUGUAUUGUAAAGACAAGUUGAUGUGAAAGGACCUGAUUUAAUCAUGAGCCUUACUAUUUCUUUUUCUCUCUGGUUGUAAUUUAAUAAUCUUCAAACAAAAUGUUUAUGAAAAAUGCCAAAGAUUCUAAACCUUA